AUGAAGUCAAACGCCUACAAGCGUCCAGCAUUCUAUGCUUCCAUAGCUUGGGCACUGGCCCUGCUCUUUUCCACUCCACAGUUUGCCCUGUUCAAGAAAAGUGAAGGCGACUGUGUUGGGGCCUAUACUAGCCCUUACCAGUAUGCCGUCUACGUGGUAGUGUUCAACUCAGUGGUUUGGCUCCUACCCAGUGCUGUAGCUGGGUAUCUUUACUACAGAGUUUGUAAAGCUGUCUGGCAAAGUACAUCGUUUGGGAGCAAUUUCCAGGCAAAUGGAAAAGCAGGACAAAUGGGAUUUUCUGUUGCUGGGAUGCAAGUGCAUCAUAAAGGUGCAACUUUACAAUGUGUAGAGCUGGACAGGAGACGAGUUCAGACCGUGAAGCUCACGCUAACCAUUGUCGCUGGAAACUUCAUUCUUUGGGCUCCAUUCUGCAUCACAUCCGUGAUCGAUGCGCUUUGGCCUUCAGCUAUUAACCCCACAGUUGCAACGUACAUCAUGUUCUUCGGCAAUCUGAACAGCUUCAUGAAUCCUUGGAUAUGGUUUUACUUCAAUCGUGCUCAGUUCGUCCGUGCCUUGCCUUGUUACACAGUGACGGAUCCGCUUUUAUAGUG